AUGUUCAUCCGCACUUCGGCAUUCGAGUUUCAUUCGAUAUUCUACGAGCUUCGAGUGAACCCUCCAAGCAUCCGGACAACCAUGAUGACAACCAUCAUAGCCACCAAGCACACGCUCGAGUGGGCGAUCUGCUCAAUGUUCAAAGCCUUGCUGAAGAUCAACAUUGCUGACGCGUGGCCCAAAAAUAGAAAAGUUCACGCUUCUUUGGGACAACAAGUUGAAGGCAUAUCGAAACUAGGUCUAUCGUCUCAGAGUGCAGAACAAGAUAUAUUCAGGGAUCGAAACUCAAGACCAAGACUGACAAUGUCAAUACCACCGUCUUCAUUUCCGAGUCACUCGUGUACGUUUCGAAUCGGGGAUGAACAGCUCGUCGAGCUUCUCGUACCACCGACCCGCCGUCUCGAGCCUGAUGCAUUGCUGGUACAGGUGGCGGAGGAAGAUGCUAUAUUGCGGCAGGAGAGGGAAGGAGGCAUUUGA